UAACCAACCGCCAUUAUGGAUACACAUCAACCAAGACCCGUAACUCCACAGCCUCCUCACAGCGGCGGCGGCAGCGGCGGCGGUUUUUCUGCGAUUCUCACAGUCUUCCUAUCCUUCAUCGCAAUCUUCGCCGUGAUAGUGAUUCCUUCAUCAUCAACUUUUAGGAAUGGUUUUUCCAUUUUGCACCAAGUCCCAGAAGGCUAUGUUGGGGUUUACUGGAGAGGAGGCGCCCUUCUAAAGAUGAUUACAGAUCCAGGUUUUCAUCUGAAGCUGCCUUUUAUAACCCAUUAUGAGCCUGUUCAAGUAACCCUUCAGACAGAUCAAGUGAGGGAUAUUCCUUGUGGUACAAAAGGAGGUGUCAUGAUCAACUUUGAGAAGAUAGAGGUUGUUAACCGGCUUCACAAGGACUAUGUGCAUGACACUCUGCUGAACUAUGGGGUGAAGUAUGACGAUACAUGGAUAUAUGACAAAAUUCAUCACGAGAUCAAUCAGUUUUGCAGCUCUCACUCUCUUCAGCAAGUCUACAUUGAUGUUUUUGAUCAAAUUGAUGAAAAGAUGAAAGAUGCUCUCCAGGGUGACUGCACACGUUAUGCUCCAGGUAUUGAAAUCAUUAGUGUUCGCAUUACGAAGCCAAAAAUCCCGGAAAGCAUAAGACGCAAUUUUGAACAGAUGGAAGAGGAACGCACUAAGGUCUUAAUUGCUAUUGAGAAACAGAGAGUGGUUGAGAAAGAGGCAGAGACAAAUAAGAAAAUGGCUAUCAGUGAAGCUGAAAAGGUUGCAAAUGUGAGCAAGAUCCUUAUGGAACAGAAGUUGAUGGAAAAGGAUAGUGUCAGGAAGCAGCAAGAAAUUGAGAACCAGAUAUACAUGGCUCGGCAAAAAAGUUUGGCCGAUGCUGAUUUCUACCGUUUACUGAAGGAAGCUGAAGCAAACAAGUUGAAGCUGACACCGCAAUUUCUUGAGCUUAAAUUCAUCGAGGCCAUAGCUGAUAAUACAAAAAUUUUUUUUGGGGAAAAGAUACCUAAUAUGUUUUUGGAUCAGAGGCUGCUUGGUAACUUCCUGCAACAGUUAUCUAGGGAUGUGUCUGAAGAGGAGAAAUCAAUAGCUUAAUUUUUUUAAUCCUUCAUUUCUUUUUUUGAUCUGUCAUUUCUAUCAACAUAUUGUAAUACCUAGGUGAUAUAGAAAGUAAAUGUUGGUUGAGGCUUUCAGAAGGUGUUUCAUUUAACAGCUUUAUAGUUUUUUUUUUUUGGGAAGGGAAUGUAAAUGUUGGUUGAGGCUUUCAGAAGGUUAUUUUUGUAAUAAAGCAAUUAAGGUUUCUUGCACCAAUUAGAAUUAGGGUUUAGUUUUGCCUGCAAGUUAUUGUAAUCCUUAUGGAGAUAGUUGAAAAUUUGGAUGAAUGAAAAAAAAGUAGCCUUUUUCUUUCUUUGUUUUGGUGUUGACUCCAAACAUUUGUAGGUGCUGACUUUACUGGUUUUCCUCGUUUGGUGCUGACUCCAAGCCAGACCUAGGUGCUAACUCCAAGCUAUUUCCAAAAAACGGGUCAGAUUGAAGGAAGCUGUGAUUUCUCAGGCACUGCCACUGUCGGUCAAACUGCCCCUAUAGCUUCUUCUAGUUGUGUUUAUCCAGCAAGCCCCAGUGAUUCAGAAAAGUGAUCUAGCACAGCUUCAUAUCUUCACAUUGUUAUCAUUACAAUCCUGAGCCUGCUUCUUAAUUACAGCUGCCAAACAGUAACAACCACAACUACAACUCCAACCACAACACCUACAACUCCAACCACAGGCACCACGACUCCUUUAGUAUUCGGCUCAGGAAUCAGCUCCACAGGAAGUGGCAAUACUGGCAUCAAUGACUCAAGUGCUACUCUACCUCUCAUCACUAGAGGCACUAUCCUGUUCUUUUCUCUGGGCCUGACCCUUUGGUCAGUGUUGCGGUGGGCCUGAUAAUACUACACCUAGUUCAAAAAAGAUGUGUGGACAAGAUGUGACCGUGAUAGAGCCUAGGCUUGUAAUUUGGAAUCAUCUAGAGGCAAUUCUCACUAAGGAAUUUAUUUUAUUUUAUUUUUUCUGUUGUCUUCCUCCUAUGCGAAAAAAAACAGAGCUGGGCUGUUGCUGAUGAAUUUGAUUCCUUUUUGAGUAGUGAUAUGACUGCUAUUAGGGUAGAAGAACCUGAUCUCUUCUUUUUAGAUUUUUCCUUUUUGUAUAUCUAGAGAGAGGCAGUAUUUUUUCAAUUUAAUGGAAUUUCACUACCCCACCUACUUAUAUUAGUUAA